AUGGAGGGGGUAAAAAAGGGGAGGGUAAAUAAACAGAAGUUUGACAUACUUAAGACAAAGACCACAGCAAUUGUGAGUUGAAUUGUUUUCAGCAGCUUAAGAAGGAGCCUCUCUUGCUACGAUUUCGUCACAACAGAAUAGGAAUUGGAUGCUGCACGUGAAAAAGAAAAGGGAGACUAUCAGCUCAACUGACAACUCUGGAUAGUGGAGAGAAGAAGCAGUAGGAGAGCAGAGCUGCAGGAAGCCAACAUACCAGCAUACCACCACUAAACAGAUAAGCCUCCAAAAACACUCCGAAAGCUCUUUCAACUUCACAUGAGGAAAGGAGGGGAAAGUAACCCUGUUAUUCUAGACGGAGGAGCCGAGAGUUGAAAGGAUAAAGGGGAAAACUAAGAGGACUUUAUUGAAGUGUGAGGGGAAAACGUUUGCGUGGAGGACUGACUGGACAGAAGUGGUCUUGAGAAGAAGCAAUCUGGAGGAGGAACAGCAAGAGCUCCACCGGGCCCCACAGCACAACUUUCUUGGCAGCUGACCUGGCCCUGUUAUCAGAGAUGUCCCGCCUGGCCGGGACAACGCUGUCUCCUGACCCUUCAGAAUUCACUAUGAGUAUGACUGGUACUCUAGAGAAGGGGGCGCAUCAUCAGGCCUUGGACCUGUCGGAGGAACUGUCGCCUCAUCACCAUCAUUAUCACACCAACCAACACCAGCAUCUCAACCACUCCAACUCUCUGGCCUCCACCACUGCUGUGGGUGGAGGCAGAGAAACACCUUCACGUGUGGUCAUACCUCCUCCUUAUUCUGCAGCUGAGAGUGGUGGUGGGGGCAGUGAAGCUCCACUGGAGCUGCGGGGGUCCCUGGACUGCUGGGCCUGCUCCGUACUGGUGACCGCUCAGAACCUGGUGAUUGCCACGAUCAAUGCCUGCCUUGCUGGGCUGGUGUUUGGUACCAUCCUGACGCCAGCCAUUGUCAUGGUGGUGUUUGGCUUCCUCUGCCACUCUACAGUCCGCCCUCACGGGACAACCCCCUAUUGCUCAGACCUGCUGACUGAUGGAGGCUGCGUGGCUCUGCUGGUGGUGGGCUUCCUCUUGGUGACUCCUCUGCUCGUGCUGGCGCUCGCUGCAUACUGUCGCCUGGCCCGACACCUUCAGCUGGGUCUGUGCUUCAUCCCCUACAGCCGGGCUGUGUACAAGAACCUGCCAGCCACACAGCACCGUGGCCUGGGCACUGGCUGCUGUGGCAGCCAAGAUGGAGCCAACAGCAGCGGGAAGGGAAAAGUCUGGGUGUGAGAGACAAAAGAGAGGGGUGAAGAAGACCAGUAGAUUAACUAUAUGCAGGGAACUGGACAAAAGGAACAAAUUGGGGGUAGGGGAUUGCAGGGGAUGAUUAAGAUAAGGCAAGAGAUGUAAACACAGCAAAAUGCGUACCAGCGAAUGGAGAAAAUUGUAAAUGGCUGUUUCUUUAAUAACCAGUGGAACAUCCUGGAAGACAAGUUACACUGUUAUACACACUGAUAACUUACUCCCAUGCCUUAACGUCAGAGCAACAUUAUUCACUGUUUAGAAAAAAUGAACACAGUGUACUGAGUAAUUUUGUUUGUUGGUAUUAUUCCACCGGACACAUUGACUAUUUUGCCAAAUCAAUCAUUUAGAGCAAGAGGGACUCUGUACAUCAGCAAUUACUUUAAAUAAUGAAAGGUGCCUAACAAAAUCAACUGCUGGGGUUCAAAGAGCAAAUUGGAUAUGCAUAAGUUGUAAUCAUAACAAAAAUAAAUAAAUAAAUAAAUAAACCAUAUUAUCUGACCUGCAUAUGAACUGAAAUUUCCUGAAUGAAACAAAAGAAAUACGAAAGCUAAAAACAGCACACCUCACAAAAGGUGGUUUUGACACUAAACAUAAUUGUAUCUCAUCACAUUUCUGUUAUGAAGAACAGAUUUGUCCAGUGUAGUUUUCUGUAAAGCAAACUUUGACUGCAUUCCUUGAAUUCUUUCCUUUUUUAUAAUUAAACCUUUUGGAUUCA